AUGGCCAAGGAGGCGCAAGAAGCAGACGGUGAUCAGCAGCAUGGUCAUCUCCCUACCGCGGGAGAGGUGCUUGCCAAUCCCUCUGACCAAGAAGCCCUGGAGCUUGGCUCGCGGCUGACAGCAACAACCACAAACCAGAGCAGCUCAAGGGCGUCUCGAUGGUGGAAGAGACAUGUCUCUAUGAGCGUCCCUCAUGUUGCCUGCCGUGACCACUUGGCAAACGAAAGGACGUUUCUUGGUUACCUGCGCACAGCUCAGGCAUUUGCUAUGGUAGGGGUGGUCAUUGCCCAAUUCUUUCGACUAAAUCACAGUCUCCAUCCGAAUACAAACUUGGGCUUCUUUGUCGUCGGCGUCCCCUUGUCCUGCGUUUGCCAUGGCUCUGCCAUUCUGAUAUCCGGUCUUGGAGCCCUCCGAUUUAUUCGGUGUCAAAAGGCGAUGGCUCGUGGUUAUGCUCUAUCCGGUGGGUGGGAGAUGACGUGUAUCGGGAUGCUGACCACUCUUAUUCUUCUCAGCAUCUUUCUCCUGACGCUGAUUAUAAGCAUCGAGAAAGGUUGA